GGGGACCCUUUGGCAGCCGAGGAGGAGGAAGAGAAGGCAGCCGAGGAGCCCACGGCGCAGGUGCCGGUCGCCGGCGGUCGCGCGAGCCAGGAGAAUGUGGUACUAAGAGAUAAGUAUGAAUCUGUGGCUCAAAGUUCCCGGCAGAAGGAGAAUGAAGAAACAGUAUUAGCUCAGGAGAAAUCACUACAGCAGCAGAAUGAUGAAGAUAAAAACAAAACAGCAGAUGAAUCUGAUUGGGAAGUAGCAAAGACUACUGAAUCUAGAAAUGAAAGACAUCUCAAUGGGACAACAGAUACAGACUUAUUUCAUCUUCUUUCAUCACAGCCUGAAUAUUCUCUGGAGGACAUUUCAUUGGAAGAUACUCCUUUUCAAGGUAGUAUCAGUGACAGUAUGAAUUCUUCAGCACAUAAUAUAAACUUUAGCCAAGCCAUAAGUCAUGAUGUAAAUCUUCAUGAAGCCAUGUUGCUGUGUCCCAACACAUUUAGAAGAGAUUCAGUAACAAGGACUUCACGGGCACAAGAACCAUUUCUGCAGACCCUUCCUGAUACUAAUUUGACAGAAUUUCAUCCAUCUGCUGACCAUCAGAUGAGGAAUCUAACAAGCCAAGAUCUUCUGUAUGGCCUCGAAGCAAACAUAUUUGAUGAGAUAAACUUAGUAUCAUUGGCUGUGGAAGGUUUUGAUCCAAUGUCAGUUUCUCAGCUUUUUCAAGAACCAGAUUCUGAUUCCGGAUUGUCAUUAGAUUUGAGCCACAGUAACACAUCCAUCAUCAAGUCUAAUUCUUCUCAUUCUACCUGUAAUGAAGGUGCUAUAGGUUAUACUAGUGACCUUGAAAGUCUUUCCAGGCAUGAUUUAGAAGGGGCUGUUGGUGGUUAUUGCCCAGAACCCAGUAACAUGUAUGAAUCUAGUCUCCAAAAUUUUGUAUUUCAUAAUCACACUUACCACUUACAAGAACCCACUUCUCAAUCUUUUUCAACAUCUGGGGAAUCUCAGAAAAUGAGUAAGUACUUCAGUGACACAGACAAAAGUUUGAGCCGUGAUGAACGGCGUGCUAAAGCUCUACAUAUCCCUUUUUCUGUUGAAGAAAUUGUCCGCAUGCCUGUUGAUUCCUUCAACAGCAUGUUAAGCAGGGACUAUCUGACAGACUUACAAGUCUCACUGAUGCGUGACAUCAGACGAAGAGGGAAAAAUAAAGUUGCUGCUCAGAACUGUCGUAAACGCAAAUUAGAAAUAAUUUUAAAUUUAGAAGGUGAAGUAUGCAACUUGCAGGCAAGAAAGGAAACCCUUGAAAGAGAGCAAGCCCAAUGUAACAAAGCUAUUAAUACAAUUAAACAGAAACUGCAUGACCUUUAUCAUGACCUUUUUAGCAGGUUAACAGAUGACCAAGGUAGGCCCGUUAAUCCAAACCAGUAUAUACUUCAGUGCAGCCAGGAUGGAACUGUUUCCAUUGUACCAAAAGAACUGGUGGCCCCAGUCCAAAAGGAAAAGAGAAAAAAUAGAAGUUGAAGAUGGACUUCAUUUCUG